AUGGCAGUCCUGCAGCAGUCCACAAGCGCAUACUCUAUAAUGUUUGUGUCUCGUGCAGCAUCAGAGUGUUUGGAAACGUUGUUUGGUGAUGCAGAAGAGCUGACGCAGUUUACGCUGAACGUGUAUGAGCUGCUGUGCGUUCGGGAUGCCGGGCUGAACGCGGCGGCUAAGCUGGCGCUGCGCCGACUCGUGUGUGUGGCCGUUCAGCGGGGUUAUCAGUACUCCCACACGCUGUCCCAGAUGCCGUCAAGUGUGUGCGCAUCGUGCUCCUCCUCGAUGGAAACCAAUGAUCAAGGCGAUCGGCUGCGGGUAGGCUGCGAGGUGCUUGCUGACCUUGUCAUCACGCUGAGUGAGCGGCGCAUGACCACCUUUGCCAGCGACGUGAGCAUCGCGAAGUCCUUCCGCGAUGAUCACCUCCUCACUGUUUUCCGAUUAGCCGUGCGAGUAGUGAAAGAGGUGCAGCCAAGCUGUCGCACGGUCGUGGCAGCUGGACUUAGGCUAGCGCAUCACGUUCUGGAGUUCGACUUCGCGUGCGACACCAUUCAAACGGAAGCCGAGGAGAAUCCGAUGGCGAGAACGUAUCCAGACGACUGGGCAGCGGACCUCCUGGACCUGCAGCUAAUGAACCGGUUGUGGUGCCUGUACCGAAUUCCCGACCUGGAGCCGGACGUGGCGCACACACUGCUGGAGGUGCUGACCUCGCUGGUAAGCCUGCGAAAAUCGUUCUUCACUGACGUCGAGCUGCGACCGCAGUGGUACGCGAUAGUCCUGCUACAGACGCACCUUGUCAUGGAGAACUUCCUGCACCUGGAGGACGAAGAGACGCUCAGUUGCUUUGCGCGACUUCUCAAUCGCGUGAAGCCCAACUGCGACCUCAGUGAGCUCAUGCAGCUGGUGGAGUUCUCGUCGUGGCUGCAGUCUCUGUGCAACUUCACGAGGCAGUGCCUGACCAACUGGAAGCACGCCUCAGCGUCGCUGCUGUCUCUACUGAGUGUGUGGGGGCGCCUCAUCGAAGCCAAGUCAUACGCCAAGCAGGAUACGGUGGAGAUGCUGCACUGUGGCUUGCAGGUAGUUAGCGCCUAUCUCGAAUGUCUGCACAGCCGUGUACAAGCGUUCACGAUGGCGCUGGCUAAGCUCGUGAGCAACAACAGCGCCGCCGUGCGACUGGCGAACUCCAAUAGCAUGUCAGUGGAGUACAUCCUGGACGACGACGAGGAGGGGGUCCGACUUGAGGUUGAGUUUCUCCUAAAGGUAGUGAUGGGGUGCGGUGAUGAGGGCUGGAAGAUAAUUGAGGCCAACUCGGAGCGGGUCAGUCAAUCCGUACUGGUGCACGUGCGCCUGAACACAUCUGCUUUCUCGGCUAACCACAUCGUGCUCAUGGAGGAAGCAGCGUGGUCUCUGCAUCUUCUCAGCGCCGCACUGCACUCCGACGGCGCUAUCGACAGGGGAGCUGUCCGCGUUCUUGCCAUGCUCCUGCACAGCCUCGUACUGCUUCAGCGCUUCUCAACUCACGUUGGAUUUCUCGAUAGCGCCCCCAGCCCUGUUCGGGGGCAUGUCGCGGCGGCAACCACACGCGUUCUCGCCGCGAUCCUUUCCAAGACCGUAUCGGUGUACGUAGUGUCCAACCGUAAGACCUCCGCCUUUGUGGAGCAGCUCAGCAGUCAGCUUCGGCAAUGUGGGGAGAUGGACACGUCAAGCACGUUUGGUGCCUACUUUCUGAACGUUGCCGUCCACGCACUGUGGACGAUACUCAGCGCGACGAACGUGUCCGACGAGGUGCGCGUGGACGCACUGCAGCUUCUGGACGAGUGGACCUCCACCUCCAGUGUCCUGCGUCUGCUCAAGGAGACGCGCUCGUAUACGUACCUAAUGAACCUCCACAAUGAGUCCAUCCCAGCCCCACUGCAGCACCCGGUAGCGCUCAAGGCGCGGUACCUGUUUAUCCGAUGUGUGGCACAGGUGCGCUUUCUCGACGCCACCACGCUCACAGAUUCUGUGUUGAGCACCCUAAUGGAGCCAGUGCUGGCGCGCAUUUCACAGUCAGUGUAUGCGGCCGCCACUGAAGGGCCUAGCGCGGAGAGCACUGACCGCCUGACGCUGGCGCUCUGCGACAUGCGCGGUAUCCUGAGCUGCACUGAGCGCCGACCGUAUCGAGUGGUGAUGGACAUGAUCGAACCUUUUCUGUAUCCCAUGGCCGACGCCGUGUUACACGAGAACAGCUGUGGCGAGGAGACUGUAGCGCAGCUCCUGGAGCUGGUGAAUGAGAUGGCUCUGAACAAAAACCAGCGCAUCGUUUUUGGGGCACAGAGCGCAAAAUCCGUCCACAUCUUUCGCUAUGUGAGCCGGGUGGUGGUACGCUCCGCGCGGCUCGCUCAUCUUGUGCUCGAGGGCAGCGCAGCGCGACCAAGCACACAGACCUCGCCGCCGCCGCUGGUGGAGUGGGGAUGGAAAGUGAUGCGGCUAGGCCUCUCGGCAGCUCACCAUAUUUUGCAGGGAGGGUGGUGCAACUUGGGAGUAUUGCAGCUCUACGAGGACACGGCGCUCACCAACCUGCUGUCCAGUGUAUGGGGCCUGCUGUGCAAGUUGCCUAUACAAGAGUGCAUAGUGCGUUCGAAGGUGUGCACGGCUGUGAUCAAGGUGGUGAACGUGCUGGCCGCGCGUUUCUUCCACGACUUCUGGGCGAAACAGCCGCCGCCGGAGGUGUUCACCGUCAUUGCCAUUGUGGAGUCGCUGGCCUUCCCGGCCAGCGUCAACGCCGUCGAAGCUGCGCUGCAGAAUGACGCGCUGCAGGCAAUGGACCGCCUCGUGAACUGCUGUUGGGUGCGCACAGCGUAUCCGGUAGAGGAGUUGCAGCAGGCGGCCAUCAUGAAGUCGACGCUUCUGCGGGCAGACGCGAUGGUGUUUCACCGCCUCGUCACGUGCACGCUCGAGCGCUCCGUAGCGGUUGACAACCACAGAAUGCGGAAGCUGCUGCUUCCACUGUUCUACGUGGAGGGAAGCGCUGUGGGUGAGGUGGCGCAGUACUUUUGCUCCCGUGCCACGACGCCGGCUGCCGCGCACGCGUUGCACGUACAGUUCUCAGAUAUUCAGCGCCACGUCACUGAAAACGGCGACAUCACGAGCAAGACAAUGGAUGUGCUUGCAAACGCCCUGCACACACUCAUGAACACGCUGAAGGAAUCGCUCUAA